AUGACGAGCUUUGCUAUACUGGCGUUGGCCACUUCGAGAGCUUUUUGUGGACUUAAUGGCAGGGUGGCGGCGCCCCUUAAGCUCAAUCAGAAGAAAGCGGCUUACAUACUGGCACGAACUCCGUCAUUAGGCUACUCCAACCAGGCACGAAUAAAAUCAAGUGUGAAGAACUUGUUCCAGCCGGGUGAUCUAGAUUCGGCGCCGAUCACCACCUGCGUUGAGGACUUCGUGGCGUCGAAGCGCACAUCUAAGCAGAGACGCGGUGCUCGAUAA